AUGGACUCUUACGAAGGCUACGGGUCUCCUGGAAGGAACCGUGAGGCAGAUCCUUAUUCGGCCAGAGCGCAAACGGAUUCCUACAGGCGCAGGUCACCCGGAGCACAGGAACGUCGCCGUGGUGCACGUGGCCGCUCUCGAUCCCCGGUCAUGAUUGACCGCUACGAGCCGUCGGACCGCCGCCCUUCCCGGGAUGAUUACUACGCUGCCACGCGCGAACAUUCGUUCAGAGAGCGGGAGGAUCGCCGUGCUGUUCCAUCCCCUACUGUCGCAAAUAUUGACCGUUAUACCCCUGGUCAGGACUCCGGCAAGAGACCUGUCCCAGCAAAUCCGCUGCCGAAUCCACUCAACCUCGAUUUUCAAGUCGGAUUCAACUGGUUCGCAGAAUGGUGGCGGGCUGAGCAAUCGAUUAAGGAGGAUAAGGAGCGCGCAAAGCACGGCGGACGGCGUCCCUCGGACCGGGUCAAGGGAGAACGCGAGGCUCGCGAGGACCGGGAGCGGGAAAGAGCGCAAAUCCAGGCCGCCUAUGACACGUACAAGGUGGACCUUCAAAUUAAAACAGCAAGGACGUUCGUCCAGCAUCAUCGAAAUGAGGAGUGGUUCAAGGAACGCUAUGUUCCCGAGGUCCAUGAUCCGUACCGCCGACGCUUGAUGGAUUUCCGGGUUGCUGCUUACCAGCAAUGGGAGCGCGACAUUGAGGGUGGAUUGUUUGACGACUUUACCCUGGAAGGAAUCUACAAGAGCGAAAGCGAUGGCGCGGGAGGCGUGAUUGAAAAAGAGGAGGGCGAGACGACUGCCGUUGGCGAAACUCUUGGUGUUCUUGAUCUGCUUCCCGCUCGAGGUGGGGAAUUGCGUGACGAGGCUCUGUCGCAACCUGCCUUGCUCAUUAAGACCCUCGCGCCUAAUGUUAGCCGCGACAAGAUUGAAGAAUUUAGCAAGGAACAUUUGGGAGAGCAAGAUGGUGGAUUCAAGUGGUUGAGCCUGAGCGAUCCAAAUCCUUCGAAGAAAUUCCAUCGCAUGGGUUGGAUAAUGCUCCAUCCAGCACCCGACAGUGCGGUGGUCGAGAGGGGAGAUGGGCGAGAGGAGGAAGGCGAGGAAAUGGAACAUGACCAUGGAGCGAACGGAAAUGCGACUGUUUCGGCGGCUGAGAAGGCACUCGAGGCGGUCAAUGACAAGACCAUCCAUGAUCCCGUUCAUGGUGACUUUGUCUGCCAUGUUGGCGUUCAUGUGCCGCCUUCCCAACCUCGCAAAAAGGCUCUUUGGGACUUGUUCUCGGCUCCGGAGCGGAUUGAGCGCGACCUCGAACUCGCCAGACGUCUAGUCUCUAAGCUCGAUUCGGAGAUGGGCGGCAAUGCUGAUGGUUACACCAGGGUCGAAGAACGGGUUGAGGAACUGCGUGGUAAAGGUUGGCUGCAGCCGCCUGUCACAGGCCCUGUCAGUGUCAAGAAGCGAAAGCCCGACUACGACCCUGCAGACAUCGAUGAAGGCGAAGCGGAAGAAGGUGAGGAGCAGGAAAAUUGGGAUGAUGAUGACGACGAGGUUGAUGACGAAGAACUUCUGGCGAAAAAGAAGAAAUUGGACCUGAUGGUGGAAUAUCUGCGCCGCGUCUAUAACUUCUGUUUCUUCUGCGUCUUUGAGAGUGACUCGGUACACGAGCUGGCUCGCAAAUGUCCUGGUGGCCAUCUUCGUCGGCCCCGAGCCGGUCUCACCAGUCAGUCGAAGGCUGUGGCCAGAGCCAGUGCUCUGGGACAACCUUUCCCAGUGAAGAAGAAGGAACCCAGCGAAGAUGGAGAGGAGCAACCACCUGCGGAGGAGAAGAGACCGCACCGGUUCGCUUCCAAGUCGGAGCAGCAGCUCCAGCGUGCAUUCAACUGGGUCAAGACGUUUGAGGAUAAGCUGCUGCAGAUCCUCGAGCCUGACAACGUGGACAUUAGGAAGCUCGGUGGAAAGCCUGUGGAUGAAGCGAUCGAGGAGGAGUUGGGGAAGUACGUCAAACAGGAGGACGAAUCCAAGUUCCGCUGCAAGGUACCGGAGUGUACCAAGCUCUUCAAAGCAGAGCACUUUUGGCGCAAACACGUAGAGAAGCGCCAUACCGAAUGGUACGAGGAUAUUAAGAAUGAUCUUUCGCUCGUUAAUGCGUAUGUUCUGGAUCCUGCUCGUAUCGCACCCUCUCGUUCCGAUGCCAACAGCAAUGGCCACUUCCCUCUUGGCUCUAGUCAGAGCCAAACCGGCACUCCCCGUGGCUUCAGUCUCGCCAAUAUGCCCCCCUAUAUGGCGAAUAGUGGCAAUCUACCCGGUGGAUUCCAAGGCCUUCCAGGUGCCGGUCUCCCGCCGUUCAUGGGUGUUAACAACCAGUCCUGGAAUGCAAAUGGAAUGGUGUCCGGCGAGCACAGCGGUUUGCACCAGCCUGGUGUCAUUCGCCGUGGUGGUGGGCGACACAACAACCGUUCUGGUCCCUAUGACCGGCGCGGCAAUCGCCAUGGUGCUGGCGGCCGACUUAGCCCGGCCCGUGGCAUGUCGAACAUGUAUGGGGCCGGAGGCCGCAUGGGGGCUAGUGGUGCCGCGCCUUACAUCCCUCCCGGUCACCCCGCUGCUGCGCUCAUGGGAGCGGGGCCUUUCCCCGAUGCCAUGGGUUCGGGUUCCGCCCAGCAAGGUAUGGGCCCGCGCGAAGCUGUCCAAGGCCGCAGCCUCAAGAGCUAUGAAGACCUCGACGCCGUGGGCGGUGCUGGUGGCGGUGAACUAAAUUAUUAG